AGGGCUCUUCAAUCAAACAGGGGAUGGAAAGAGGUGCGUUCUAGAGUCUCGAUUCCAGUCCAUGGCCGGCGCCAGAUAGGAGAUUCCAGCUAAGGCAUGGCGCUGAGGCGCUGUGCGCGGCGUGGGAUCGUGGGAGCUCUCGCAGCCGAUGCCAUCGCCUUUUCUUCUUCGUCUAGGGUUCUAUCCCAGCUGGGCAGCAGCUGGGAGCUUCGAUCAGCGCUAUUCUCGACGAUUUGCGCGCCCAGGGCCACCGAAUCGACGCUCCUCCCGUGGAAGAGAUCCAUCUCCCUAUUGCGGCAGCGCCGUGGAGUGGCCACCGACCACUCCACCGAGACGACGUUCGCGGAGAAAUGGAGGAUCGCGCAAGAGAAGAUGAAGCAGGCAGUGAUGGAGAAGCCGCGAGCAGUGGUGGAAUCCGUGAAGAACAGCGAAUUCGCCGAGGGGACGAAGGGAGCGCUAUCGGCUGUGUCAGCUCCAGUGGCCAAGACGCUUGUGAGCUAUCGGGAAGCUCUCAAGCUCCAGAUCGAAGCGUUUUGGAGGAGGAACUACUUGGUUGUGGUGGGAGCGGUGGGGCUGGCCGCUUGCCUUCUCCUGUGGAAGGUGAUGUUUGGGAUCGCGAGCUUGUUCGUCUCGCUCUCGGAAGGGAUGGCCAAGUAUGGAUUUCUCGCAUUGGCAGCAGCAAUGGUCACCUUCAGUGGAAUGGUUUUGAAAGCGAGAUACACGAUAAAUCCCGAUGCAGUCUACAGAAUUGCGAUGCGUAAGCUCAACACUUCUGCGGACGUGCUCAAGGCUCUCGGCGCUCCUCUUUCCGGGACAGACAUUCGUGCCUACGUGAUGACCGGAGGUGGCCUCCGGAUCAACAACUUGAAGCCUCGAGUGAGCAGCAAACGGUGUUUUCUAAUCUUCCCCAUCCAAGGGUCGGAGAAGCGAGGACUCGUGAGCAUCGAGACGAAGAAGAAACAAGGCCAGUAUGACUUCAAGCUUCUAGCGGUGGACAUCGCCGGGCACGAAGGAAGGAUCUACGUCGCCGGCGACGAGGCCGAGUAUAAGAUUGGCGGCGGCCUCAUUGCCGAGCUGCGAGAUCCAAUCGUCAAGGCGAUGGCAGCACAGAACGAGUUUGAGGCUCAAGACGAUAAAGAGGAGAAAGAGAUGGAGGAGGCGCCUGCGUUGAAAGCUAGUGAGAGCUGAUUCCUCACAACAUCGUCUUUCUUUUUUUGUAGGUUUUCAGAGACAUCAAAAAAUAAAUCCUUGUGUUUUUUCAUGAGA